AAAAAUAAUUUUUGCAUCUAUAAAAUAUACUGCAUGUUUCACACACCGUAUGUAAUGGCUACACGUUUUUUUUUAAAUCAAAAGAUUACACCAAAUAGCAAUUGUUGGAAACUCUACACAAGAGACGUAAGUAUGUUAUUCACCUAAAUAUUGAAACUUCUAGCAAUUGAUUAAAUAUAAUGCUAAUAGGUUAUCAAAUAAAAGAUGUUAUAAUGUGUCUACGUAUGAGUGAUUUGAAAAAAGAUCACUAAAUAAAUAGAAAAUAAAAUAUUAGCCCUUUUCUAUAUAUAUGAUAAAUGUGAAUAAAAUCAGUUGUUAUUUUCAUUACACUUUUUAUUUAUUUAAUAAUCAUUAUUUCAAUGCUUUUACAUAAGAUAAACAUGAUUUGCUAUUUUAUUUGAUAAUCUACUAUUAGUAAUAGAUAUCUAAUAAUAUAUUGUGUCAAUUUAAAGCUUUAAUUUCUAAUAGAACAAUCCACACUUCAUGAAUAAGAUUACUGUCCUUGUGUAAAAAUCUAAAUUUCUCAAUGAUGAAACGAAUCAUCAACGAUAAAUUGAAACCAAGCCGAUUUAUUGAAUCCUCGCCGAUUGAUCGAUCUAUUUAUUAUAAAUCAAACCUUCGAUGAAAAGUCGAGCUUGGAAACGAAGGAACUAAAAAACUGGUGUGGAUGUUUGAAGAUUGCCCCCAUCCAAACAAAAUCAAAGUACCCAAAUCGAAUUCAACUUGUCCUCUAGAAAAUGCCCCUGAAAAAAAAUUUAAUUGUUUAAAUAUUAAAUUGAAAUUAUUUUAUAUUUAACGUAUAUUAUGACCUAUAUCGAAUGAAUAAAAUGUAUAUUAUUGUUUAAAUAUUAGUUUAAUGUACUUAAUUUAUUGUACGUGUACAUUAUACAUCGUUUAAAUAAUUAUGAAAUUAUUGCACAGUUAUAUAUUAUUCUUAAAAUCCAUUAGCAUAAACGACUGAAUUAUUUAUGCUUAUUUGUUAUUUGCUUAUUUUUACCAUAGAGUUAUUAGUCGAAAGCUCAUUAAAAUGCCUAAAUAAGUUAAUGUGCUUUUUCGUGUAUGAUAUAACGUGUUUGAAAUGGAUCAGAAAAUUUGAGCAUUGGUUUAUAAUAAGGAAGCAAACAUUACUUCAUGGAAACAAAAUAUACACCAUUUUAACAUUUAAAAGAAAAUCAGUAGUUUUAAGCCAUGUCCUUGCUUGAACCUUUAUCUUUAAAAGAAGACUUCAUUCAUCAAAAUCAUUCAAGAAUUAUGCCUGUACUCAUUUUUAGUGUAAACUAUUAUAAAAUCAGGAAUAAUGAACAGCCUUAAAUAACAAAUAAUACUUAUCUUAAAUUUCUCCUGAUUGAAAUUUGAAAACUUCUAAGAAAAGUGGGAUCUACGCGACAUCUGGCGGCUGAACAAGACGAUUAACUGGUCGUCACAUAUAUUUAUUUUCAUUUACCUUUCUUUAUUGUAAAAUAAUUUUUGAUUAUAUGAUUGUAACUUUGAAAUUGGCGCCAUUGGACAAUUUACACAUUUAUAUUUAAUUUGAAUGCUAAGUAAACUUAAUUAUUGAUUAAUAUAAGUAGUGUGUAUUGAUAAGGAAUACAUUUAUAAAUUAUGGCUGGCAUUGAUAAUAUCGAAAUACCUAUUCCAGAUGAAGUUUGUAAACAAGUAGGUACUGCGGCAAGCUGGAUUAAUUCAAAUAAGAUUGGACUAUAUGCAUACAAAUACAUAAAUAAACGUACACAAGAUACAAAAAGUACUUUUAUUACAUCUAAUAUUCAAAUACAUAUUCUAAGACCUGAAGUAAUAUUGUUUUCUCCUCCAUUGCGUAAACUUGUUAAUGAAAGUAAUGGAGUUUUCUUAUCAAUAUAUAAAAUUAAGUCAUCUUCUUCCGGAGAUAUUUGUCCAGAGUUAUUGAAACAUAGCAAGCAAUAUCGUUCUAUUUUAAGAGCAUGUGUAGAAGGUCUACAAGAUAUUGCAGAAAAAUCUUUAUCCGAAAAUAAAAUAACAAUAGAAAAUUUUCUUACUAUCUUUUAUAAUGUAGAAUGUGUAUGGCACUUAACAGAAAUUUUAUAUGUCGAUAAUAUUCCAGGUAAUGUAAUAUUACCAUGUUUGUUGGAAUGGAUUCAAUUUCACUUUCCAUCAAAAGAACUUAAAGCAAUAAAAAUGUUAUCACAAAAAUGUAUUGCUGCUGAUUUAGAAUAUAUAUAUUACUGGGAAGUAGUAAUAGGUUGUGCAUUACAUGGAAAAACAGAUUUAGUACGUGCACUUUUGUCAAUGCAUAGCAAAGCAGACCAUCCAGCUUUUAUCGUUGCAGAAAAUAUGAUUAAAACCAUGCCUAUAUAUAAUGUUUAUGGUGGUUAUUCAGUGAGUGAGUUCACAAUACGUUGGAAACACUGGCAGUUAGAUUUAUCUUCAAACAUUGAUAGCAAAACUUUUGCUAUUGAUAACAAUUUGGAAAUGCUUAUGAAGUUAGUAGUUGGAGAUGAAUCUACAAUAUGGGAAUUCUCAAAAUAUACAGAGGCCUGGUAUGAAUUAUUAGCUGCAAAAUUGUUCUACUCUGUACCUUGUUGUAAGCAAAUUGAGCUUACACGACAUGCAAAUAAUAUAGCAGAAAAAUGGAAAGCAAAUAAACCUUUGGAUAAUAUUAUUUUGGCUUUAAUAGAAAAUGAUCUUCAUCGAGUUAUUAAAGAAAUUCAAUGUAUGAAUGAUAAUGGAUGGUUUGCAGCUCAUUUAAUAGAUCUAUUGUAUAAUUGUGGAAAAUUAAAUAUUAUAGAUAAACAUCAAAUGAAUGUUACAGCACAGUUACAUGAAUCUCUUAUUUUAGAGUAUGCUACCACUUUAAUGGGACAUCAUUCCUUAUGGCAGUGUGGUGCUAGUUAUUUAAUACAUUGUCCCAUUCAAGGUUUAGCAAGAUUAGAAAUAUUAUUACAAUCAUUACCCAUGGGUUCAGAAGCAAGGGUAAACAAAAUUAUUGAUAUUGCACGUGAUAGCAACAUAAAUCAUAUAGUUACUAGUAUAUGUAAAAUUCAAGGUGUGAAAUGCAUUAGACAAAAAAGACUUGGAAAUGCAUUAUCAUGGGCAUUAAAAGCACAAGAUGGUGGUUUCAUAACAUAUAUUGCUAAUCAAUUUCUAAAAUAUUAUGCAGAAAAUGGGGAAUUAGAGUGUCGUGAUUUACUCGAGAACUUAGGACCUUGUAUGUUAGCUAGUGAUAGACUUACAUUUUUAGGUAAAUAUUGUGAAUUUCAUCAAAUGUAUAGUAUUGGUGAAUUCAAAGAAGCAGCUAGCUUAUUAGUUUCUCUAAUAGUUUCUAAUUUAACACCAAGAUAUUUUUGGUCAAUCCUGUUCACGGAUGUUAUUCCUCUUCUGGAAAGUGAAGAUGUUAUUUUAUCAUCCAUCGAUUCCUUUGAAUUAUUACGUUGUGUUGAAGCUCAUGGUGAUGAUCCAAAGUUUGCAGAUAAAGUAGAAAUAUUUCGUUUAGCAGUGGCACGAAAUUUAGCAAGAGCAUUAAAUCUUGAAGGCUGUCAAGCAGAACAAUAGUAAUUUCAUAAAAAGAAUUACUAUUGUAACUUUUAAAUAAAAUUUUAAAAAUAACCAAACUGAAAAUUUUAUAUUUAUGCAUAUUUAUAUGAACUUGAUAUAGUUUUUCUAAAUAUCUAGAUAACUUUUAUAUAAAAUAAGACAAUAAAUGUAAUAGUUGCAAAGCAAUAUUAAAUACGAUAAAAUGUUUUUGAAAUCAGAGAAGUUUGAAUGUGUAAUGAAUUAUAAAUGUAUAGCAAAGUAAAAAAUUCAUGGUGUUCAUGUUAUAUUCAGAUCAAGGUCUGAUAUCUCUACAUUAACACUUUCUAAUGUUAAAUUAUUUGGAAAUCGAAACUCAUUGUUAAAUAAAUUAUAAAACAAGAAAAUAAUAAAA